UGUGUUAAGAUUUAGCUGUUAUAAUUUUUUGCAAUGCUAAAGUGGAUUGUUUUUCUGGUGUGUCUUCAAGAAAUUAUUUCGGUGGCAUCGACAGCGAGCCGAAAUAAACUCAUCUCAUAUGCACUUCCUGAAAAUAGGGAGCUCAAAAAAGCCUUAGGAUACAAUGAAGAUACAUAUUUAAAUUUUCAAGAAUUAACUACAAAAUAUGGUUACAUCUCAGAAAAUCAUACAGUGCGAACGGAAGACGAUUAUCUUCUGACAGUUUUCAGAAUACUUCCAAAAUGUAAAGUCAGAGGCUUCCCUGUGAUAUUGGUUCACGGAAUUUUCGAUAGCGCGGAUACUUGGAUAUUUACUGGCCCCGAGAAUGGGCUCGCUUAUAUUCUAUCAGACAAUUGUUACGAUGUAUGGGCAACUAAUAUGAGGGGUAACACUUAUUCUCGAAGACAUGUUAAAUUCAAUCCGAACGCUGAUGCAGAAUAUUGGGAAUACUCAUUUGAUGAACAUGGAAAUUUUGAUGUACCAGCAAUCAUUGAUUAUGUUUUAGCUCUCACCGGAACGGCUCAAGUUUAUUAUAUAGGCCACUCACAAGGCACUACGGAUUUUUUUGCAAUGGGAUCUUUAAGACCCGAAUAUAAUAACAAAAUUCGUCUUUCUGUCCAAAUAGCUCCAGUAGCAUGGAUUGGUAAUAUAAGAAGUCCUGUCCCGAAACUAAUUUCAAUUUUGACAGAAGAUAUUAAAAAUUUCGCAGAUAAUGUGGGACUUAGAGAAUUGUUUGCCAAACAGCAUAUCUCUCAUGCCAUAUCCGAGUUCCUUUGUCAAAUAGCGCCAAAUUUAGUAUGUGGUACUGGUUUAUGGUUUGCAACAGGUAAUAAGCUAGGGAGCAUAACUGAAAAAAAUCUAGCCAUUGGUAUAGGACAUCUAUUCGCCGGUGUAUCUAUAAAAACUUUAGCUCAUUUUGGACAGUUGAUAAAUUCUGGCAACUUCCAGAGGUACGAUGAAGGCGUAAAAGGCAAUAUGUUAAAAUAUGGUUAUGUAGUUCCACCAAAAUACAAUGUGUCACUUAUAACAUCUCCUGUGGUUCUAAUUACCGCAGAAAACGAUUGGCUGUCAACUCUAGAGGAUAUAAAUAUUUUACGUUCUAAACUGCCAAAUGUAGUAGACGAAUACAUCGUACCCGUACCGACAUGGAGUCAUAAUAAUCACUUGUGGGGUGUUAAUGCCACUGUCUAUGUGUUUAACAGAAUUCUUGAAUAUUUUGAGAGAUAUAAUAUAUGAGAUAAAGUAGCAAGCACUUAUAGGCCAAAAGAACCUCCCUUUGCUGAGGAUCAUUGUUAAAGUUAAGUAAAUGAAAUAGUUACCAAAGUAUCCAUAUGUGAAUAUUUAUUUAUGUUCUCUCAUUCUACUUUUAAUUUUAAGUAAUAAAUAUUAACUUAUUCUGUUUUUACUUCAGCCCGUAUUCGGUAAACAAACAGUUAGUCGAAAUCAACAUAAUAAAAUAAAUGCUUUCGAUGUGCAAAUUUGGAAAAUAAUCGCUGUGUUCAAAAAAAUUAACCAAAAAUGCAUUAAAAACCUUGGAGGUGCGAAAUUGUCUGAUGUUAAUUCACAAUAAUUGCUCUGAAGUUAAAUACAAGCAAUUUCCUAAAUAACUGGAAUAGCAUGUAAAAUUAUAAAAAUUUAUAAUAUUAUAUAUAAAUUACAAGUUCCGUGAUCUCAUGAAGCUUCUUCCAUAUGUAAUAAAAUGAGAAAUCGAUGCAUAUCAAGUGCUGCUAUUCCGCACCCCUUGCUUGCAUUAAACUGGAAAGCAAUGCAUCAAUUCUGGAAAUAAUUGCUAGGUAAUUCUUAUUCUAAAUGAAUAUUCUGUUAAAUCGAGAAUAUGAUCAUUAAUUUUACACAUACAUAGAGAUUGGUUAGCUUAACAAUAGUAUAUUUUUAAAAUAAAGAUUUAAAAGUAUUAUUUCAAUGAAAACUAGAUAAAGAUAUAUCAGUCCGAAAUAAGCCGAUAAAAUGGGGUAACAGUUAAAAAUAAGUAGGGCAAAAGGUAAAAUCCGUUAGUUGGCUAUCGCGGUCAUGUUAAACUGUAAUACAAGAAGUAAGAAUUACCUUGAUUCAUCCGAAUGAUAAACGCCAGUUAGAUUACAAUAUGAAAAAAAUUUUUAAUUGUUAUGGAAUAAAUAAUAUUAAAUGUGUAUUUUCAGUGUUAUUUUAGAAGACGUUUUAAUUGGGACUGGAAAUUGAGAUUAAAUAUAUGAAAUGUAUUAACUUUAAU